AUGUCAACUUUUCCCAAUCUUGAAAGGAAUUGAAAGAAUAGUCUAGAGAUAAAAGCAAAUCAAGGAGAAUUUGAGCGUAAAUAUAAUAGUUCAUUAACUCAACUUAAAGCAGAGCUGAUCAAGUCCUUUCAAGCAAAAAUUGAAUAUAUCCGAUCAUUAGAGCCUGAAUUAGUAUAUGAAAAUCAAAAGACAAAUGAAUAA